AUGUCAGCAAAGACUCGACUUGCUUCUCACCUUCCUCCUUUGUAUAAGCUGGAAGACAUCUACAAGCACAUGACGAAGAGAGCGCUGGAGCUGAACUUCGACGACGUCUUGUCUCACUUGGGCUCGAAGCCUUUGCGUGUUGUCACCAUGUGCUCGGGAACUGAGAGUCCUCUGCUUGCUUUGGAAAUGGUGCAGAACGUCCUCAGGAAAAAUUUUAGAAAGGACUUCGAGAUUCGUCAUCUGUUUAGCGCUGAGAUUGUGCCCUUCAAACAGGCAUACAUUGAGCGUAAUUUCCAUCCCCGUUUUCUCUUCCGAGACGUAAAACAGCUGAAGGACAGGUUCGCACAAACGGCGUAUGGUUCUCUCGAGAAAAUUCCCAAGAACCCUGAUUUGGUGAUCGCGGGAUUUUCAUGCGUCGACUUCUCUGGCUUGAACAAUAAGAGAAAGACCCUUGAUGAACAGGGCGAGUCUGGAGGCACCUUCUGGGGUAUCAUUCGCUAUGCCGUAGCCUACCGUCCGCGGAUUGUCGUACUGGAGAAUGUCAAAACUGCGCCGUGGGAAAAGAUUGCAGAACAUUGGAAUGAGAUAAAUUAUGUCGCUGUUCACAAUAGCGUCGAUACCAAGGCAUAUUAUCUACCACAGACCCGAGAACGGGGAUACAUGCUCUGUAUCGACCGGAACCUCUUGGGCAAGCACGGUCUAUCUGAACAGAGUGUGAUGGAUUGGCCAAAGAUUUUCGACGCUUUCAAACGUCCUGCAAGCUCCCCAGCAGGUAUGUUCCUAUUGGACGCGGACGAUCCAAGGCUCGAACAAAUCGAGAAAGAUAUGUCAAUUCGGAUCACGUCCACGACAGUAAGAGCCACCAUCGACUGGACAAAGUACCAAGCUCGUCAUCAGAACUACCGUUUGACCCAGGAACUUGGGUUUGAAAGGCCCAUAAGCAAGUCUCAAGAUAGCGGCGCAUGCCAGAUGCUGGACUUUGCCUGGCAGAUGUGGUUUAGGUACUUGCCCGAACGGAUCUGGGAUACCAUUGAUGUCAACUUCUUGCGGAAGCUGGUUGAGGGAUAUGAUAUGAACUUCAAAGAGAGAUGCAUUGAGCUCUCCCAAGGCGUUGAACGAGAGGUCGAUAGUCGCGCGUUUGGCAUUGUCGGCUGCAUCACACCCUCAGGUAUCCCAUAUAUCACCACAAGAGGCGGGCCCCUGUGUGGGCUUGAAGCCCUGGCGCUGCAAGGUCUGCCAUUGGACAGACUUUUGCUCACCAGAGAAUCACCGCGGGAUCUGCAGGAUCUCGCCGGGAAUGCCAUGAGCUCAACUGUCGUAGGUGCCGCAGUACUCUCCGCCCUUAUCGUGGGACAUAAAGUGCUGCCGCCAGGAGAGCAGUCAUCUACUCCCAAUAAUCGUGUUCCCACGUACAAGAGAAUCGGCCUCCGUGAAAAUCUCCUUAUGAUGCCGCGGGUCUCGCAGCUCAGCCAACUCGGCCCAGUCAACAUCUCGGAUCUUCAAAGGCAAGCCGCAAGCAGCGCAAGGUACUGCUUAUGCGAAAGGCAGUCUGGUGUAAAGCAAGGUAUCUUGAAGUGCACCUUGUGCGCACAUACUGCCUGCUCUGACUGCGCCGGUAAUCCAUCUCAUGCAUACGAGCGGUGGUCCGGUUUGAUUCGCAGUCAGCCGUCUGAUUUCAUCAGAAGGUUCAAAAGCAUACUGCCCGCUAGAUUGAUCAUGUCUGGAUUGGAUCGUGAAAGCUAUCGUUCUUUCGAUAGAAGUCUACCUGGAAACCCAGAUCAUGUUUGGGAGAAAUACUUGGAUGCCGUUACCAGAACUGUUGGAGAUGAGCUCCGUUUCUUGGAUGUACGACGCAGUAGGGUUUGGACUGCUGUCUAUGAAGGAAAGUGCUCCAUUUUGAAACUCAUCAUCAGUGGCUCCACAUUCGAGUGGUUGCUUUUUGCGAAGCCGCUCGAUUCGGAGCCUGCCCUAUCCCUUCACCGUGAGAUCCUAUCGAAGCCCAUCGCACGUAUGAUGCUGGAUCCAGUCACCCGCAAAAGCGUCUGGGAGGUGUGCGCCCCGCUGAGUUCAAAGAUUACAUUGACUAUCUCCGGCGCUGGCAGUCAGGUCCCGACUUACGAGGCACGUUGCGGUCUGCAAAAGAGGGAGUUUGUUAAUGCCAGCCGUUGGAAUCGUCUGGAGGUUCAAGGCUCCAGCUACGAUUGUCAGCACCUCGAAGUCAACAUCCGUGGAACCUAUCAACUUCUGCCUGACUGCGGCACUGCACAUGGAUGCCUGCACAAGAAAGAGGCUACCGAUGCAGACCCUGAAGUAUAUUUGUUCCUUGACCCCACAAAGCUGGGAGAGCCAAAGAACGACUCUUUUGUAUUCGCGUUGGGGCAUCAGCGUAGUCCCGGCUAUGAGUCCCGUGUCACGAUUGCCGAAUUAUCACACAAAUGGCGCUCUUCCAGAGCAAGCGAUGCUCAAAGAAAUGUCAAUGCGUAUUAUCGCAAAUGGGUCCAGGUUCAGACCAUGAGGUUGCAUGUACACCCCUCAGAUUCCACUAUCACUUGUUGGGGCCUGCGGCCAGGGACAACUGUGUUCAUGGCAAAUGCUGGCUGCCACGACGCAAACAUCCCCCUGCUAUCCCUCUCCGCGUCAGCUGAUGCCAUUGACUCUCUAUGGCGUAAAGGGCCAUGGCAAGUAACCAAUCCAACAGAAUCGACAUCUCUGCUGCGAGAUUUUGCUUGGCUGAUUCAGAAGUCUUCGGAGUUGUCUGGCUUUCAGGACUGGAACUCAAUUACCACAUAUGUUUCACUGGGCGAAGAAACCGGCUCCAUCUGCUCUGUGUGUACUCCUCCAAAGCCGAGAAUACUGUGGGGUCGGGAUAUAAAAGGUUCAAUCAAAGCAUAUGAGGAUCCAAGGGACGCAGCUCUGUAUGAGCGUCAGGUAAAAGCGCAGCCAUCGCCGUUCUUGAUCUUUCGCCGUGUCGAUGAAGAUAACGUUGGCCACUUCCUUGUCACCCUGAACGUGCAAACGCUGUUGCAUAAAGCCCAUGCAAGGCUGGGCAGCUCCGGAUCAAGCAGUCCCUCGUUUUACUGGCGUCUCGUCCCAAACGCGUAUGAUGAACGAAGAGCCCCGUUCCCUAAAUUCAAUUUGCUGAGCAACAGAAACGAUCCGCCUCACAGUCAACCGCCAAAUUUUCGGAAAGCGCUGAGACCAGAACAAUUGCGGUCAUUGACAUGGAUGUUAGGACAAGAAAAGGAUGACAUUGCGCCCUUCGUCGAGGAAGAGGUUGAAGAGGCAAUCCUUCCAUCCAUGAUGUGGCGUGCAGAGGGCAAGGUCAUAGUCCAGAGGACCGUCUGCGGAGGUGUCUUAGCGGACGAUGUAGGAUACGGCAAGACAGCGAUCACACUGGGGCUCAUUGACGUGCAGCAUAGCAGGGGACACGAUACUAUACCAAAGCCCACGGCGGGCUUCAUUCCCACUAAAGCGACUCUCAUUCUCGUGCCCCAAAUCGUGCUUCGGCAAUGGCAGUUGGAAAUCACAAAAUUCGUUGACAAAAAGUACGAGGUCCUGGUGUUGCCUUCUGGAACGGAAUUUUCGAAAAAGAUGAUCAGCGAUAUUCUUCGUGCGGAUAUUAUUUUGGUGCCUUGGUCUGUUCUUAACCACCAGUCAUACUAUGAGAGAAUGCAAAGAUUCACGGGCAUGCCACGAGUUCCCGAAAACGCAGGCCGGAACUUCGAUGCUUGGUUUGCUGAGGCACAGAAAUCCCUCAGAGAACAGGUCCAAAUUCUGAUGGAUCAAGGACCCCGUGAAUUCCUGGAAUCUCUGCGCAAGAAACGUCAAACGGUCAAGGCCACUCAUGGAAACCGCACCUACACCCCGUCAAAGCGGCUUAGAGGCAAGCAGUAUGCGGCAGCACAUGAGACGGAUCAUACCAAGCCUGAGCAUGGCAUGCAGUACGCAGACUUGUCUAGCGCAGAGGAGUCGGAUGGGAAUGCCGACGCAGAUCCUGAGUCUGUGCGGGCCAGUGUAGAGCAUUUCAUUGAGCUCCAGUCCGAAGCCGCAAGAGGGGACGCCACGCAUACGCCUGAUGAGUCCUACUCCGAGGACGAUACUGCAUACGAAGAGUCUUCGACGGAGAGCAAUGCUCAAACGAACGCAGGACCCAGCAAGGUCGGCACGAGUCGAAAGAGAAAGCGUGACCAGUCAAGCACUGAAAAGGCAAAAAAGACGUGGGACGACCGGAAAGAAUUCAACAUCAUCAGAAAUAAAAGGAACCAACAGUGGUACACGGUCAAGACUCCUCUCUUGCACGCAUUCCUUUUCCACCGUAUCAUCAUCGAUGAAUUCACUUAUGCCGGCAGUGAGCGACUCGCACCCCUUCUGGCCCUGCGAGCUCGUUCAAAGUGGGUGCUCUCAGGUACACCACCGUUGAACGACUUUGCCGAUGUGAAAACCAUCGCACCCUUCUUGGGGAUCCAUUUGGGAGUUGAUGACGAGAAUAGUUCGUCCCAGAACCAUCGUCUGAAAGUUCUGCGCAAAAACCGCUCAGACGCAGAAAUUUUUCAGUCAUGGCGAGAUCCUCACAGCGAGGCAUGGCAUCGCAACCGCCAUGAGGUUGCUCAAAGGUUUCUAAACCAGUUUGCACGUCGGAAUAUUGCAGAUAUUGAUGAGAUCCCUUGUUCGGAGCACCUUAUUCUGAUUGAUCAGUCCCCAGCUGAGUGUGCAAUCUACCUCGAGCUGUACAAGCAGCUAAUGGCGCACAAGAAGCAGCUGCGUCGGAGCAGGCGCGGGCGAUUCAAAAACGAUCAGAAUGAACGACUGGAUGAAAUCAUCAGCAGCAGUACGUCACCGGAAGAAGCUCUGCUCAAGCGCUGUUGCUCAUUGACACUGAAAGGGCGCUGGGAGGAGGGGAAACCAGAAGCAGUCACCUGCAGUUCUUUGAUUGCAACUCGGGAGGAGCAACUGGCUAAUCUUCGAGCCGAAUUUUCGAGUAAGAUGAAAUUGGCCGCCUGGCUCUAUUUCGGAUGGGAUCUGAAAUAUGAGGGAUUUCACAAAUUCGCCGAAGGCGUCCUCAUGCAUCAAUUUGGUGACGAGGCAGUGACUACUGCAGCUUUUCUGCUUUUCAAGUCUGCUAUGUGCGCAUCGCAUCCGGACGACUGGAAGCUUUUCUUCGCUGAAAAGGGAUCCAGCUCGAAGAAAGCAGGCAGCCCGGAGGAAGCCGAAUCCGGGACGACCGUCUCGCAGGGAGAUACAGGGAGCGUUGGGAGCGACAAGAUGACAGAAGUGGACAACCAACUGCAGGGUUCCCCCAAGAAAGCAAAACGAGUGGCCGGCAAGGGAGCACAGAAACGCCAGGCAAAGAAGACAAAGCGUGCUGAGGUUAAGAAAGAUCAAUGCAACGAACUCCCGAUCAAGCCGACGAAACUCGAUGACUUCGAGCUCUGCAUGGGUGAAGUUACAUCCAUCUUGCGGAACAUAAUGUCCGAGUGGGUUCUGCGUGAAAGAGCUCUGAGGUUUCUCAGUACCGUGCGAAUGCUGCAAACUAACAGGGAAACACCGGAGUGCCACUGCUGCAGAGAAGAAGUACAGUCGCGCAGGGACUUAGACGUCGUUGGAUCCUGCGGUCAUGCACUGUGUAAGGACUGCGCUGAGAAGACUGUUCGGUUUGAAGACUGCAUAGUCGACAACUGUCGUGGCUCAGGUACAAAAUUCAACAUGAUCAGCGCUGCCUCGCUUGGUGUCGAAGGAGACCGAAUCACUCAGUAUGGAGGAAGGAAGAUGGACAAAUUGGUCGAGAUCGUCAAAGGAAUUCCCAACCAGGAGCGAGCGAUCCUUUUCAUCCAGUUCCCUGAACUCAUUGAUGUUGCGUCCAAAGCAUUCGAUUUGGCAAAAAUCACUCACACAGUGAUAACAGCGCGCGACACCAAGAAGAUUGAAGAAUUUAAAAAGGGUAAUGAAAAGGUCGUGAUACUGAAUCUGGGUAGCGAGACGGCUGCUGGAUUAAACCUGCAGUGCACAAAUCAUGUCAUCUUCCUCUCACCCAUGCUCGCCGAGACGCAGUAUGAUUAUGAUUCCUCGAUGACACAGGCAAUUGGUCGUGCCCUUCGCUACGGUCAGACGAGACGCGUCCACGUCUACCAUCUGCUCAUGAAGAGAACAAUUGACAUCAACAUUUUCCAGGAGCGACGUAGGAAGAUCCUGGUCGAGCGAAAUGGUCAGGCUGUUUUGGUAAACGCCGAUGAAUGCCUUGCUGAAGAAGCGUUAAGCUGCCAGGGACCUGCCUUGGUUGUGGAUAACUGUUUGUGA